GCGUCGUGUGUUCGUUGAAAGGUUGAAAGGAUGUGGCGUACUUCCUUUCACAGCAGUUUCACAGCCUGUCAGGUGUUUUCGACUAGCACGUUGUUGUGAUUUUCUUUUCCAAUAAUGGAUGACGUUGCCUAUGUUAUACAGCUCGCGCUAGACAGUGCGGUUUGAAGUGAACCGUCCGCGUUCUCUUGUAUGCAGUAACUCAUUCUGUUACAUAUAGCGAUUCCAGUUUUCCUAACAUGCUCUCCCUUGCUAUAAUUGUGGGAAACCUUGCCCUUAUUUUUACGAUAAUAAACUUUGGAAGUGGAGUACAAAUAUGCAGGAAGAUUUAUCUUCAAGGCACUACAUCUGAUGUAUCACCACUACCAUUUUUAACUGGAAUACUGUGUACUUUCAUCUGGCUGGAAUACGGUGUAUGGAAGCCUGACAACAUUGUAGCCUUUGUCAAUGUAGUGGGACUCCUGCUGCAAGUAUCUUUCCUUGUCUGCUUCUACAAGUACACAAAGAUUAAGCAAUCGCUACACUUGAAGACAGCUAUCCUAUUGGCUGUGCUGAUGCUGGUGCACUGCAACGUUACCUACUUUGUGGAGUCCAACGAUGCGGCAGUCAGAAUACUGGGCUUUAUUGGAGCAGGAGCUUCUCUGACAUUUUUUGCUUCCCCAUUGGCUUCACUGGCUCAUGUUGUAAAAACAAAAAGUGUGGAAAGCCUUCCAUUUCCACUCAUUCUGUCAUCCUUCAUUGUGUCGACGUUGUGGUCACUCUAUGGAAUCCUGUGUGACGAUCCGUUCAUUUAUUCGCCCAACACCGUAGCCAGUAUUAUCACGGUAUGCCAAUUGGGCCUGUUCCUCAUCUACCCAUCAAAGGCAGUACGGAGCUGUUUGGCAGAGGAACCCCUUCUUCAUGCAUAAGCGUGCAAAGGAUGCGUGUUGACUGUACAGCCGUGUUAUGAACAAAGGUUUACACCACAACGGAGUGCAAUAAAAAGGAAAGAUGUUGAUACCCAA